AUGAAUUCUUCUUCUUCAGCAAAAGAAUCUACAACUCCAAACAUGGAGCACAAGAAAGCAACACAUAGAAAAAAUCGAAGUUUCGCAUUCAGAGUUCAUGAACAUGUAAAACUAGGUCAUAAACUAUCGGAAACUUUGAAGGGCAAAUUGAGUUUAGGUGCAAGGAUUAUACAAGAAGGUGGAAGAAGGAACAUUUUCAAGAACAUUUUUGGUAUGGAAGAAGGAGAGAAGGUUUUGAAAGCUUCACAAUGCUAUUUAUACACGACCGUGGGUCCUAUUGCCGGAGUUCUUUAUAUCUCAACCAAGAAAGUUGCAUUUUGUAGUGAAAGACCAAUAACUGUCUCUUCUGCAACAACAGGAGAGUCGCACAAAGUACCGUAUAAGGUUUUGAUACCGAAUGGGAAGAUAAAAGAAGUUAAUGAAGGGCAUGAUGUGGAUCAAAAGGAACAAAAGUAUAUAGAAAUUGUUUCUCAAGAGGAUUCUGAAUUUUGGUUUAUGGGAUUUUUUCGAUAUGAGAAAGCUUUUAGGAAUCUUCAGAAAGCAAUUUCUAUGUCCAUUUAG